GCAACUUGAUUCAGGAAGUACGCAUUUAAUGUUGCGUUUACAAGUUAGCGAAAACAUUCUUCAGAUAUCCAAAAACCGAUAAGUUGCUUUGUUAAUAAAGACAGAGUUCAGCUGAAAAUGUCCGCUGGUCCUGAGUCUACACAUUUAUCAUCGCUUGGGAGGGGUGACGGCUUGCAUCAACAGGUUCUCGCCUCCUUCCCACUGUGUGACAUUACAGAGGAGGAUCUGACCCAGAACCCCCAGUUCUGUAAACUCCUGGCCACCCUGUCACAACAUGUGGACCGAAAUGGACUCACGGUCCCACUGAAAACAGAGCUGGAAAAGGCUGAGCAGAAGCUGCAGAGCCAGAGGCGUCACUGGCUGCGCUCCGAGAGCCUCCACAAAGGGCUGCAGGAGAUGAUCCAGGACCACUGUAUCAGGAAGCACCACACCACGGUGCCCCCCGACCAGACCAUGUUCUAUGAGACAAUGGAGAAGUGUCUGCUGGUGGCGCAGUGUGUCAGACAGCUGGAUCCCAGUAGCACUACCAAACAGGACCAGCCCAAUCUUCUGGGUCUGAACCCCCAACUGAUUCUGGAGCUCAUGCCAUCGGAGAAGAAUGUUCAAAGAAUGAAACAGGGUCUUCCCAGAGAGCUGGAGAAACAUCUGAAGAAAAAGUGUCUGAGCCUGCUCUCUUACUAUCAACCUGAAUGGGAGAAUGAGAGUGAGGGUCUGAAGAACAGCAAGUUGUCCCAUCUGUCAGCCCAGCUGGACAAAGAGAAGAAAAGAGCAGAGAGUCUGAAGGAGACCUGCCGGGAAAACACCGUUCUCCUGCAAAGACAGACUCAACUCUACCUCUCUGAAGUGAUUAAGUGUAUUCAGCUUCUCCAGUCUCUAAUCUUGGACCACAGGCUGAGGAUCCAGACAGAUCUGGACCGGAAGAAGUUAGACUACUUUGAGGGAAAAUGUGAAUUAGUCUUGCAGAAGAUCAAGACUGAGAUGGUGGAGAUUCAGCUGGACACAUACACAGUGGACUCAAUAUCUGCUCAUAGAAAAAUAAGAGAGAAGCUGGAGUCUGAGCUGAAGGCCUCUCAGGUGGAGAAGCAGUCUGUUGAGUUGAAACUGGCCUCCUUUGAGAUCUUGGGCAAGGAGUUUGAAGCCUUGGCUGAGGAAUACUGCAGACUACGGCAGGAGAUAGAAAUGAAUAACUGGGCUCUGAAGGAGUUCACCCAGUGCAAGGACAAGUGAAGUUCAUAUAUGAUUGCUGGGACAACAGCCAGCCGUUCCCUUUUCAUAGUGGAGCAUUGCUCACAAUGACAUGAUGGCUUUUGGACACUUGACACACAAACUGUAUGAACGUUUGACCUACAGGAACUAUGUAGCAUGUACAGUCGUGAGUGGGCUAACUCCCAUUACAGCCCCUUAUUUAAGAAUAAAUUCAGUUUUCUUAAAACGUCACCAUGGUAAUCAGCGUUUCUGCUGUCUUUGUCUCUACCACAACCCAUUUGGAGUUCAAGAAAUGUAGAAUUUAUUACUCUUUUAAUAAGAUUCAGCUUUACACUAAGCACUGGCUAUCAUCAAUAUGACUGCGUAACUACUUUUGAAGAAGUGAGAAUCACUAUAGAUAGAUAGAUAGAUAGAUAGAUAAUUCAAAGUACCAAUGCCCUACAAUUGACGUCCUAGUCUGCAGCAGUAAUGCACCUAUUGGCUUCGAUCUAACUGCCUGAACUUAAAGUGUUGAGAUCUAUAUUGUAAAAUUUUAAUCUGCAUUGAACACCUUACCUCAGGUAUCAAUACAUAGUCAAAAGUGUCAAAAGUUUGAUGAUCAUUCCUGUAUAUGUUGUGGUAUAAACCUGGAAAUAAUCUACAAAAAUGCAUCAGCAUGAGCCUGAAUAUGAGUAUUGUCCUAUUUUCAUAUAACUUGAUUCUCUGAGCUGAUAUCUGUUCUCACUGACAAAAAUGUACAAGACAGGGCCGAACAUGUGGGCAGCAUCCUCUCAGAUAUGACGGGAGUCAUGCAACACUCAUCUUAUCCUUUUUUUUUUUCUUCUUGUGUCUUGGCCCACAUUAUAUAGCCUAAUUUGAAUAAGUGUUACUUUGCUGCUAUUACUUUGUCCAUUAUAAAACAAUGCCAUAAAGAUGAUAUUUAUAGUAGAUUAGCACAGCCAUUUGUCCUGUCCAUGUUGCCUUCACUGUUCUGUCGACGUCUGGCAGUUUCCGUGUUUUCACAAAAAUGCCUUCAGGGAGGAAAUUAGUUACAAU